UAGCGUUCCACGAAUUGAGAUUAACGUAGCGGAUCCUGGGGUUUUUUUUCUUCGGGGGGGGGGAUAAACGUCUUUUUGCUUCAAGCUCCCUUAUCUGUCUGGGUCCGACAUAUCAAAUUUCUUUGUUGCGGUGACUCCUCAGUGCUCCGAGGACCCAAGAUUUUGCAGGUGUUAUCAUUGCAGCAUUUGUGUAGCUAUGGACGCCAUGACUACUGCAAUGUCUAUUCCAUCGGCGAGACUCUGCACUGUACCUGCUACUCGAAACCUCUCUUCCUCUGUCUCCUUCUCCACUGCAACUUCGCUUCUUCCGAAGGUCUCUGUUACACGCGGUGCAUCUGUUUCUUUAAUUCGAUGCAUUGCGGAGCCCGCUGAAAAGACAACUUACACCACGUCAGUAAAUAGGAAUGCGAAUAUCGCGAAGCUUCAGGCUGGUUAUCUCUUUCCUGAGAUUGCGAGAAGGCGAAACGCGCACAUUCAACGGUACCCCGAUGCUAAAGUUAUUAGCUUGGGUAUUGGUGACACUACUGAGCCAAUCCCAACAGUUAUCACUGGAGCUAUGGAAGCGAGGGCUCGAGCGCUGUCUACUCUUGAAGGUUACAGCGGAUACGGCGCCGAGCAAGGAGAAAAGCCAUUGCGUGCGGGUAUUGGUGCAGCAUUUUAUGCCGACCUUGGAAUUGAUGAAACUGAGAUUUUUGUCUCAGAUGGAGCAAAAUGUGAUAUCACGCGUUUGCAGCUUGUCUUUGGACCUAAUGUGACAAUGGCAGCGCAAGAUCCUUCAUACCCGGCUUAUGUAGAUACAAGUGUCAUGAUGGGACAAACUGGUCUGUUUCAAUCCGAUUCUCAACAGUACAGCAAGAUUCAGUACAUGAAGUGCACACCUGAGAAUGACUUCUUUCCAGACUUGUCCUCAACACCAAGAACAGAUAUCAUCUUUUUCUGCUCCCCUAAUAACCCCACCGGAGCGUCAGCUUCUCGCAAGCAAUUGGAAGAGCUUGUGGCCUUCGCUAAAAAGAAUGGAUCCAUUAUCGUAUACGACUCAGCUUAUGCUAUCUAUACCUCUGACGACAGCCCUAAAUCUAUUUACGAGAUCCCUGGUGCCAAGGAGUGUGCCAUCGAAACUGCCUCCUUCUCCAAGUACGCCGGGUUCACGGGAGUGCGGUUGGGAUGGACAGUAGUGCCCAAGGCCCUUAAAUUUGCUGAUGGCCAUCCAGUGCAUACUGAUUUCAAUCGUGUCAUGACCACGUGCUUUAAUGGUGCAUCCAACGUAGCGCAAGCAGGCGGCCUAGCCUGUGUCUCUUCUGAGGGUCUCAAGGCUAUGCAUGAAACUGUGAAAUUCUACAAGGAAAACACUAAAAUACUAGUGGAAACGUUCGAGUCGUUGGGUUUUAAGACAUUUGGUGGGAAGAAUGCUCCCUACGUGUGGGUACAAUUUCCAGGGAAGAGCUCAUGGGAUGUUUUCUCAGAGAUUUUGGAGCAAACACACAUCGUUACCACACCAGGAAGUGGAUUUGGGCCUGGUGGAGAAGGGUUCAUCAGAGCAAGUGCUUUUGGCCACAGAGAGAACAUUCUGGAAGCAUCAAGGCGCCUCAAGGAGUACUUCGGAAGCAAGAAAUGAGCGUGAAGUACUGUAGAACUGAAUAUUCUUUUACACGAUAACUGGCACAUGAGUCCUUAGACUUGCAAGUUCUUGAGUUUUGAUACCUUCAACCUUUCGCUUUAUAAUGCUUCAAAUUCAAGUUAUCUUUGAUUUGUAUGUUCACUUAAGCUACCUCAACGUCAAUAUUCUUUGCUUCCUCGAAGGAUUGUCCUGUA